AUGCAGAGCUUACUAGAGCUUGGGCUACAACCUGUGCGUGGUUUACUGCUGUACGGCCCUCCUGGUUGUGGAAAGACUCAAUUAGCCAGGGAAAUAUCGACCCUUUUGGACGCUCGACCUUCGAAGAUCGUAGCGGCUCCGGAGCUUUUAGAUCGUUGGGUGGGUGGUAGUGAACGGCUUAUUAGAGAGUUGUUCGUAGACGCCGAAGUGGACGGGCUGCAUGUUGUGGUGAUUGAUGAAUGUGAUGCCGUUUUCCGCAGACGGGCUUCGUCAAAUACGGAUGGCACCAGUGAAAUGACCCGAGCGUCCGCCGUCAAUCAAAUUCUCUCCAAGCUCGAUGGAGUGCACGAACUCGGAAAUGUGCUAUUGAUUGGUAUGACAAAUCGCAAGGAAAUGUUGGAUCCGGCGCUUUUGCGCCCUGGGCGUCUGGAAGUUCACGUCGAAAUUCCUCUGCCCGAUCGCGAGGGUCGUCGAGAAAUACUCAAAAUACAU